UCCCCCUCUACCCAAUCAGCGACCGCGGAGAGGGCCCCGCUGAGGCCCGGAGCUCCCGACGGCCGCGGCCGCUGUCAGUGAUUGGACGGAAGCGGCGGGGCGGGACUUCCGGCGGCAAGAUGGCGGCGCUGCGGAGGGCGCUGCGGGCGUUGCGGGCGGGGGCGCGCGGCCGCUCGGGGGGGGCCGUGGCUCUGCCGCGGGGGAUGCUGGGAGCUGACGUGCACGAGGAGGAGCCAAUGGCGGCGGCGCAGAGGAAGAACCCCGACUAUCACGGGUUCUCUGCUGAGCCGGACGCUGACGUCCUCAACAUGAGGGUGGUUUUCUUCACUGGUGUCUCCAUUGCCAUAGUGCUGGGAUCCGUGUUCCUGCAUUACCUGCCUGACUAUGGGCUGCAGCAAUGGGCCCGGCGGGAGGCUGAGCUGCAGGUGAUGGAGCGCGAGCGUCGGGGGCUGCCCCUCAUUGACCCCAACUACUAUGACCCCGCGCGGCUCACGCUGCCCCCCCCGGAGUGAGCCUAUGGAGCCCUAUGGGGGCCUAUGGGAGCCUAUGGAGCCCUAUGGAACCUACGGAGCCCUAUGGGAGCCUAUGGAGACCUAUGGAGCCCUAUGGAACCUAUGGAACCUAUGGAGCCCUAUGGAACCUACGGAGCCCUAUGGAACCCUAUGGAGCCCUAUGGAACCCUAUGGAGCCCUAUGGAACCCUAUGGAGCCCCCUUCCUAUAUGGGGCUGUGAAUAAAGUGCUUGGCUCGGUCUGA